AUGGAGAAGAAUCAGAUCUGGAGCAGGAGAAUAGCGUUUGGAGCUUUAGCAUUUGCUCUACUGUUCCUAUCGGCCUCAGCAGACGACGUCGUUGUGCUCUCUGAAGAGAACUUCGAGAAGGAAGUUGGUCAGGACAAAGGAGCUCUCGUUGAGUUCUAUGCUCCUUGGUGUUUUUCCUUUUUUCGCUUCGAACCUAUCGCGUUCUUUGCGCUAUGCGUGACGGGGAUGGCUGCAGGGACAACAAAAAUCAGGAGUGAAGUUAUGAGUUGUGAUUCAAAGGGGAAAGAUUACACAUUAGGAAGGUGUGGACACUGCAAAAAGCUAGCUCCAGAGUAUGAAAAGCUUGGUAGCAGCUUCAAGAAAGCCAAAUCAGUUUUAAUUGGCAAGGUCGACUGUGAUGAGCACAAGAGUUUGUGCAGCAAAUAUGGAGUCUCUGGGUACCCAACAAUUCAGUGGUUUCCAAAAGGAUCUCUUGAACCCAAAAAGUAUGAAGGGCCACGCACCGCCGAAUCACUUGCUGAGUUUGUGAAUACAGAAGAAGGAACAAAUGUGAAGAUUGCUACAGCUCCUUCCAAUGUAGUGGUCCUAACACCUGAAAACUUUAACGAGGUUGUCUUGGAUGAAGCCAAAGAUGUGUUGGUUGAGUUUUAUGCACCAUGGUGUGGACAUUGCAAAAGUCUUGCCCCUACUUACGAGAAAGUUGCCACAGCAUUUAAAUUGGAGGAAAAUGUAGUUAUUGCAAAUCUGGACGCUGAUAAAUAUAGGGAUCUGGCUGAAAAGUACGAUGUGAGUGGAUUUCCUACCUUGAAGUUCUUUCCAAAGGGCAACAAAGCUGGUGAAGAGUACGGAGGUGGAAGAGACUUGGAUGACUUUGUUGCUUUUAUCAAUGAGAAAUCCGGAACAAGUCGUGAUGGAAAAGGACAACUAACUUCCCAAGCUGGUAUAGUAGAAAGCUUGGAUGUCUUGGUGAAGGAGUUUGUAGCUGCCAGUAGCGAUGAAGAGAAGAAAUCCGUGUUUACCCGAAUGGAGGAAGAAGUUGAGAAGCUUCAGGGUUCAGCCUCAAGUUACGGGAAGAUAUACUUGAAAGCUGCCAAGAAUUACUUGGGAAAAGGUUCCGAUUAUGCUAAAAACGAAAUCCAGCGCCUACAGCGCAUACUUGACAAGUCUGUUAGCCCUGCGAAGGCCGACGAGUUAACUCUAAAGAAAAAUAUCUUGUCUACGUAUGCUUGA